AGCGUAUUUUCUGCGAUCCUUUUCGAUCCUACAGAUCCGCGAUUUUUUAUUCCUCGCGAGUCCCCUGAUUUGGCUUUCUUUGGUUUGAUACUGAAACUUACUCGUUUGGAAAGAGUUAUCGGAUCGUAGCGCGAGUUUUAGUUUCAAAGUGUUGUGAAGAGACUUUGUGGACUACACACAUAUAUAGGUUGACUACUGACAUGUUUUUGUCAGUUUAGCACGUGUAUUUGGUAUAUCAGCAGACUCUUUUUUUGGUUGCUCAAUGAUUAUGAAAAUGAAGAAAGGAAGUUUGUGAGUUAAAAGGAAGUUCUGGACCGAUUUCAGGAAAGAUGAAGACGGAAAUCGAGACGGAGCCAGAUUGCACGGACAGCAUCCUUUGUUCGAACAACAACAACAACGUGAACGCCAAUAACAACAACGUAACCAGCAUAAAGAAAACUGCUACUAAUAUCAACAACAACGACAGUCACGAUGGAAUGGAAAUGGACUGUGGCGGUUGCGGGGAAAGCGUUCGCGAGCGGACUGUGCUCUGCGUAGGGGGUCGUACCUGGCAUUCCAGAUGUCUGAAAUGUUGCGCCUGUGCGAGGCCUCUGCACGAUCAGCACUCCUGUUUUCUUCGAGGGAUGAGACUCUACUGCAGACACGACUACGCCUUAACCUUUGGUGCAAAAUGUGCGAAGUGUGGUCGAAGCGUAGGUGCGGGUGACUGGGUGAGAAGAGCCAGAGAAAGGGUGUAUCACUUGGCUUGUUUCGCCUGCGACGCCUGUUCUCGUCAGCUGUCGACGGGGGAGCAAUUCGCCCUGCUGGAUGCCCGAUUGCUCUGCAAGGCUCACUAUCUCGACGUCGUCGAAGGAAACAAUACCUCAUCCUCGGAAGAUUGCGACUCCGAGCACGGUGGCAAAGGCAGCAAGACGAAGAGGGUCAGGACCACUUUCACGGAGGAGCAACUCUCUGUUUUGCAAGCGAACUUUCAGUUAGACAGCAAUCCCGAUGGCCAGGAUCUUGAAAGAAUAGCUCACGUUACGGGACUGAGCAAACGAGUGACGCAAGUUUGGUUUCAGAACUCGAGGGCCAGGCAGAAGAAACACAGUGGAAAGAUCAAAACGCAAAUGCACCAUUCACCACCAAUGCAACAUCAUCCAGGUGAUUUGUACCCAACCAGUGUAAACAUGGUAGGUGCCUAUUUAGGGGGGUAUCAAGGCGGCAGCGCAGGAAGCGAAAGUCCUGGCAGUCCAUUGACACCACUCACUCCUUUAACACCUCUAACCCCGACAACGCCCAAUCACCUUCAAGCCCAGUUCUGUCAUCAAACGGGUUAACUUUAUUUAGUAACAAUGUCCAAUACCGGUGAUCAUUGCUUUCGAAUUUUACCUUCGUCGAUCGUUUCCAAGUCUAAUAUAGUUUGCAAUGGAAAAUUUAGCGUUCGAAUUUAGAAGAACAUCGAUCUAUUAGAGAGGAAGAAAUUAUAAAAUUCUAGGAUUUCGAAGAGGGUACAUUUAGCUUAAAUUUAGCAUAAAUUUUUUCAUAGAUUUAUGAGAAUUUGGAAUAUAGUAGAACCUCGAUUAUCAUUAAGGGAAAACUUGAUUAUUCGAAUAUCGAUUGAUUAAAAAUUUGCAUAUGGUUCCCUCUAAGGAAAAUUGUAAAAUAAAAAUAUGGUCAAGGUUUUACUUAAAAAGAUUAUUUAAAAUGAACCCUCUUUGAAUUCUAGAACAUUUAAAAAUAAGUUUUAAAUAAUUGAGAUAUUCUCUGUCUUUUUUUGUACAUACCCAAAACGAAUUGUUUCAAACAAAGCGAGAAGUAAAAGUGAUAUUACGAAUAGGUUAAUAUUCUAUGGUGAGGAUUCUAGUACACGAAUAGAGAAACCACGAUCAUUAUUUAUUCUGAUUCGAUUGCAAUAGUUCGUAACUUGUAUUUGCAUUUUACAAUUAGUCUACUUAACUAUUUUACUUGGCAAGAGUGCAAUGAAACGAAAAGUAGGAUUACAAUUUUAAUAGCGUUUGUAAAAAAAGGUCUCGUUUUUCAUAAUUAAUAAUUGUUUUAUAAAUUUGAUUUGUCACGAGAUAGAGUUUUAAAUUUUCAAUUUGAAAAAAAUCGGAAUAUUUCUAUAACAUUAAUUUCUUUCAAAUUUCGCUAAUAUUAUUAUUCGUUCUUUUUUUCGAUUUAAUAUCAACAGUUUGCAACAGUAUCAAACCAAUGAUUACAAAACGAGUAAUUUUUAAUAACAUUGACGCGACUCAUUAGUAUUAUUUAAAUUCUCGCUAUACGCGUGUCCCAUGAAGUAUUUUAUUUUUAAGAUAAGAUUGUACAUAGAUGUAUUCUGUAGCUUUUGUAUAUAAAUUUCAAGGAAAUCGUGCAUGAAUAUUUGAUAUCGCUCCCAAUGUUGUACACACAUUAUCGCAAUACUGUAAACCGUACUGUUAAUAAUAAAAAUGUCUUUUACUGUUAA